AUGCCACUCGCGUCAGUCUAUUCCGCUGCUCCGUACCAUGUCCUUAGCUGGGGCACACUCACCGGGAUGACUCUAUUCCACAGUUUCAUUGCCGGUCCCGUCCAAUUCAAGACUCUUCCUCGUCAGCAGUUUGGAAACCUUCAGUCUAAGACUUUCCCUAUCUUCUUCGCCCUUCAAGGCGCACUGUCUGGCAUCUGCCUUCUCACUGCACCUGCCUCCGCCGGGAGCCUAUUCGGUUAUGCGACCACAGAAAACAAACUACUUUGGUCCAUUCUUCUGAGCGGAUUUGCGAACGGUGCCCUAGUCGGACCGUGGGUCACCAAAAUCAUGUUUGACAAGCACAAGCUCGAGAAGAGCGGCGGGAACAUUGAUGAGGCAAAGAUGACAAAGUUGAAGAAGAUGUUGGGGUUGGCGCAUGCCGCCAGUGUGGGAAUUAACUUUAUUGCUGUCGGGGGAGCUAUCGCUUAUGCCUUCUGCUUGGCGGGGAGGAUGAUUGCCAUUUGA